AUGGAACAAAACAAAAAAACAGGGCAGAUUGCGCAACAUGAAGUGAACUUCCAUAAUAAAAUCCGCGUUAGAGCUCUGUGUAGCACUUGUUUAUUCAGAUUGGGAAUAAGUUUUGAGCGCCUUAUCUACAGGGGACCAAGAUGGGGAAAGCGAACGUCUGCUUGAAGCGGAGUUACUAUGCCGUAUUAACUUUGAUCGGGAUACUGAGUGGCCUGGUGCUGGCAGCCACUCUGUUUAGCCAUGGACACCUGCACAGUCAUGACGAGAUAGAGACAAUGAUCUCCGGCAUCUAUUCCACGUAUGGCAUAUCCAUCAUUACACUGAUCCUGGCCGUCGUUGGUGUGUAUGGUGCUUGCAAAAAGAAGAAGUGGGCACUCAUAGUGUUUGUAGUGGGAAUGAUACUUGGCAGUCUGGUUCUUAUUGCAGCUGACAUCGGCGGACUGGCUCGGCGGUCACAGGACGCUGAGAAUCUAAAGAAGACUUACCUACAAAUGCUGCCACUGAGUAAUGAUAAUAUCAGUAACUUUGAGUUUUUACAGACUGAACUGCAGUGCUGCGGCCUGGAUCAGGGCUACGUGGAAUGGGGCUACAACAUCCCAGAAUCAUGCCUGUGCACGGAGCAGUCCACUAAUCCAUGCGUGGCGGCUCCCAUAAACAGCAGCAUCUAUGAGCUCAAGGUCGAUGGGCGGCCUGUUCUGAUUUAUGAGCAGGGGUGCCUUACGUACAUAGUUGAUCAUGUGUUGAUGCUCUUAAAUACAACAAUGGGCAUAAUCCUGGGAGUCAUAUUAUUGUGGGUGUUGUCGGUGGUUUUGGGAAUCUUCCUCCUGUGUCAGAUGAGCAAGAAGGAGGACGUCCCGGUGGUCGUCUACAGCCAACAGGCCAAAGCAGGCAACUACUCUCCUCUGACGGACAUUGUGGAGCACACCUGAUUGGCAUUGGUACAACGGCGCAACGUGUUUCAUGAUGUUUGCCAAUAUUAAUUACUAAAUGACUUUGUUCUCUUUUGUCAUCCCUGAAGAUGCAGUGCAUGUUCUCACAGCGCUAAAACGUUGCGCUGUGAGAAUUUUCAGAAAUGGCCCACACGCUUGGUUUUAUAAGCACACAUACAUACUUAAGGCUGAUAUUAAGUCUGUGAGCCUACACCCUUCUGCUAUACAAGAGAGGUGUAAAAUCGUCUUUUAGCACAUUUGUUUGCAAGAACUUGCACCGCAACCGAAUGACUUGUUGUAAGAUAUUGAAUUUAGGAAAAACUAUUUGCAUGCAAAGGAUAAAAUACAGGUGUUUUUAACCAAAGUACAAACAGGAAUAUUUACAUUUUGAAUGUAUUACAGCUUUAACUUUAAUAAGUAAUUGUUCUUUAUGGUUAUGUAGCUUUCUGUAAUCUUCUGUAUUCAACCAAACUUCAUAUAAACAUAUUUUAAAAUCUUUUGUCACAUUUGGAUGAGGGAUGCUACUGAAGCAGAUCUAUACUACAGUUUUAUAUAAUUAGUAGAUAUUGGUGUGAAAGAAACAAAGAAAGAUACUUUUUGGAUUAAACACUUGUUUUUGUCCACAAUAAACUAGAUGACUCUA